AUGCCGCCCGUCAGCUCGAUGAAGCAGUCCUCAGGCCCCGUGUCUCUCAGUGUGUUCCUGGUGUCUCUGGCAGUGAUGGUGUGUGCAGUCUGGCUAGUGGCUCUUUGCGGAGUGUGUGGAUGGUGCCAACGCAAGCUGGGAAAAAGGAAUAAGCCAGGAGUGGAGGCAGCAGGCACUCCAGACUCGGCGAGAGGGAGAGGAGAGAAAAAAGCCAUCAACGGCGGGGUGCCAGGGGGGCAGAAGGGGGCGUGGGGGGGUCGCGGGGCGGAGGGGGGGGGUCCGUCUCGCAGCGACAGCGUGAAGAGCAUGGUGACCAGUUGCAGCACAGCAGGCAGGUGGCAGACAGUCCAGAGUCACAUACAGUCUGGAGGCCUGAAGCCCGACAAUUUCGGAGACCCCUCCCUCUCUUCUGCCGCCACCUUGGACAGCAUCCCCUCGUCGGGGGCGACGCGGCCUCGCACGUUGCUGAGGCAGCAAAGCUUGCAGCAGCCUCUAACUCAGCCUCCCACCUCAGGGCUAGGGCAAAGGCCUCCCAUUUCCCAAAGCCUGGGCCAACUGCACAGCGCCCCGCCCACGGGGGCGGGGUCAGGGGCAGGACCCGGGGGCGGAGGGGGUGGGGGAGGAGGCGGAUCCCAGCGAGGAGGCUCCAGGAGCGCCAGGGGGAGCCCGGCGGGGGCGGGAGCUGCCCGUUACAGGGGCGGAGCCUCAGGUGGCCGUCCGUCGCGCACGAACCCGGGCAGCUUGGAUUACAUGAUGGGUCAGAUCCGUAACCGCGGCCUGGACGUCAAGUCCUUCCUAGAGGGGAAGAUGGUGGUCCUAUCUUUGGCCAUUGGUUUAGCUGAACAGGACGACUUUGCCAAUCUGCCUGACCUACAGGAAGUACCCGCCAAUCAAGAAACCCCCCCUGACAAGAGUAGGACUAAUAAGCCAGGAAACAGUCCUAAGGGACAGCCCCCAGACACUGAUGGACACUCCUCUGUGUCAGAUCUGGCCAACUCUCUCACUGGAGACAUGGUGAUGCUGUCACCUGGUUCUGAGGACGAUGACCAUGAGGGUCCGAUCAGUGAGAAGCUAGGUCGGAUCCAGUUCAGCGUGGGUUACAGUUUCCAAGACUCUACCCUCACCGUCAAAAUCCUCAAAGGACAAGACCUGCCCGCUAAAGACUUUUCCGGAACCUCUGACCCGUUCGUCAAAAUCUACCUGCUGCCAGACAAGAAGCACAAACUCGAGACCAAAGUCAAACGAAAGAACCUGAACCCGCACUGGAACGAGACCUUCCUGUUCGAAGGGUUUCCUUAUGAGAAAGUGGUCCAGCGUACGUUGUACCUGCAGGUGCUUGAUUAUGACCGUUUCAGCAGGAAUGAUCCGAUUGGAGAGGUGUCCAUCCCUCUCAAUAAAGUGGACUUGGCUCACAUGCAGACCUUCUGGAAGGAGCUGAAGCCCUGCAGUGACGGCAGUGGGAGUCGAGGAGACCUGUUGGUGUCCCUGUGCUAUAAUCCCACGGCUAACACCAUUACUGUCAACAUCAUCAAAGCACGCAAUCUUAAAGCCAUGGACAUCGGAGGGACCUCAGAUCCCUAUGUGAAGGUGUGGCUGAUGCAUAAAGAUAAGCGUGUGGAGAAGAAGAAGACACGGACAAUCAAGCGCUGUCUGAAUCCGGUCUUUAACGAGUCUUUCCCCUUCGACGUCCCGGCUCACGUCCUCAGAGAGACCACCAUCAUCAUCACUGUCAUGGACAAGGACAAACUGAGUCGCAACGAUGUCAUCGGAAAGAUCUAUCUGUCUUGGAAGAGUGGACCAGCGGAAGUCAAACAUUGGAAGGACAUGAUGAGUCGUCCUCGCACUAACGUCGCCCAGUGGCACGCCCUCAAAGCCUAA